AUGAUGGCUGCGGAUGCUGCGCCCUGCCGCAUCCUGCAUCCUUUCCUCCUCCUCUCGUGGAUUUCAGCUCCCGCCGCGGCUCUGCUUGGCGUCCGGCCCGAGGACACCCAAAGCGGUGAGCUGUCCGUGCAAGACGGCGUCCUGAAAGCCACGGAGGGAACUCGUUUCAUGUUGCGGGUUUAUUACACGGAGAAUCCCCGCGCGAACCGGAGCGGGGCGGCUGAUGCUGUUCCUGCCGCACCGUGGAUCGCCUUCAUAGAGGAACCGGACCGGGAAGCGGGUCGCUCCAGGGGUAAUCCGUGCGAAGAGGAGAGCGCUCGGAGUUCAGACAUUGAGCUGCUGGGGUCGUUCAAAUCUGCUUCCAGUCGCAACUCUGUGCUGGUGGAGCUCCUCGCCAAGCACCUGCGUCGCGGCGAAGCGGUCAAGUAUUACUCCAUGUGCGCUUUUGACGGCGUCAAAUGGGAGCACUUUGACACUCGAGACUUUUGGUUAGCAGUGGUGGAGAGACCCCCCGAGGCGGACGCUUGGCUGCAAGCCGGCGUGUCCGUGCUGCUGCUCGGGCUCUCAGCACUGUGCAGCGGACUCAACAUCAGCAUGCUGGCACUGGACCCCGUGGAGCUGCGAGUCCUGCAGAACAGCGGCACCGAGAAGGAGCAGAAGUACGCACGGAAAAUCGAGUCUGUGCGUAAACACGGCAACUACAUCCUGUGCACUGUGGUGCUGGGGAACGUUCUCACCAACACUUGCUUCGUGGUGUGGAUGUGUCAGAUUUUGGGGAUGACAGCAUUAUCCACCGCCACCUGCACUUUAGGGAUUUUCUUCAUAGGGGAGAUCCUGCCACAUUCAGUGGCGUCCAGGCACAGCCUCGCCAUCGCAUCCAAGACUCUGUGCGCCACCCGGCUCCUCAUGCUUCUUUUCUUGCCCAUCGCCUAUCCAGUCUCCAAGAUCCUGGACUUUCUUCUCCAUCAGGAGAUUUCCAGUUUCUACACCCGGGAGAAGCUGGUGGCCAUGCUGCGUGUCACCGACCCGUACCACGACCUCGUAAAAGAGGAGCUCAAUAUUAUCCAAGGUGCUCUGGAGCUGAGGACCAAGACAGUGGAGGAUGUGCUCACCCCUCUGUCCGACUGCUACAUGCUGUCCGCGGACGCGUCGCUGGAUUUUGGCACCAUGUCCGAUGUGAUGCAGAGUGGCUUCACUAGGAUCCCGGUCUACGAGAACGAGCGCUCCAACAUUGUGGACAUCCUUUUUGUCAAGGACCUGGCUUUCGUGGACCCAGACGACUGCACCCCUCUCAAGACCAUCACGGAGUUCUACAAGCAUCCCAUGCACUGCGUGUUUAACGACACCAAGCUGGACGUGAUGCUGGAGGAAUUCAAACGAGGCAAAUCCCACCUGGCUGUGGUGCAGCGGGUCAACAACGAGGGUGAGGGAGACCCCUUCUACGAGGUGAUGGGCAUCGUUACCCUGGAGGACGUAAUUGAAGAGAUCAUCAAGUCUGAGAUUGUGGAUGAGACAGAUCUUUAUACCGAUAAUCGGAGCAAAAGGCGGGUAUCGCACCACGAGAGGAAACAGCAGGACUUUUCCAUCUUCAAAGUGGCAGAAAAUGAACUAAAUGUGAAGAUCUCUCCGCAAUUGUUGCUGGCAACACAUCGCUUCUUAGCUACAGAAGUGGAGCCGUUCAGGCCUUGUCACCUGUCAGAGAAGAUCCUGUUACGUCUCAUCAAACAUCCCAACGUGGUGCAAGAACUCAAGUUUAACCCUAAGAACAAACACGCCGCUCAGCACUACCUCUUCCAAAGAAACAAACCCGUUGACUACUUUGUCCUCAUCUUGCAGGGACGUGUGGAGGUAGAAAUCGGAAAGGAAGCCCUCCGCUUUGAAAAUGGAGCAUUUUCCUACUACGGCAUGCCAGCCCUCAUCCCGCCCUUGCCAAUCGGUCAGAGGUAUAGUUCUCGCAGCAGUGGUCUAAAUCAAUCAGAUUCUUUGCUGAGCGGCAGUAGCAUUGGUCAGCUCUCAGCAGGAGGGUUCUACUUACCGGACUACUCGGUUCGGCAGCUCACAGACCUGCAGAUCAUCAAGAUAAUCAGGACACAUUACCAGAAUGCCCUGACGGCUACGAGGAUGGAUAGCUCCCCACAGACACCAGACCCGGUGGACACAGACGCUAAAGGGAGGCCCCCUGUCGUGGAGGCAAGGUCCCACAGCAUCGCCCUCCCACUUACCAGCGCACACACGCGCUUGGGACUGGCACGCCUUGCUCAGCUCCAUCCCCACUCAGGACUUCGUAACACAUCCCGGCUCAAUGAGCGAAAUCGUAUCGUUCGCAGUAAAUCCGAUGGGCAGCGGAGUCCCAAUGAUACUGUGUUCCUCCGUAUGGAUGAGAUUCCUUACAUCCAAGAGGACCGACCAGAGAAUUACGGAGAAAAUGAUGUGCCUACAGACUCUCAGCUUUCCACCUCCCCUUACAUCAGCUCUCGAUCUCUGUCAAGCUCGGAGGAGAACGUGGGGAAGAAGCUCCUGCGCAAAUUGAGUAACAAGAGGAGGAAAAAGUCUCGGGAUGGAGAGAGGAGCUUGGAGGAAGGUUUGGAGCAACCUUCAGUGAUAAGCUAA